AUGAUGCCAUCUUCCGACCCUUCGAAGAAGGCUAUCCGAAGCCAAGGGAGCUCGGGUAGUGGCGGAUCCCAAAACACGAGAACCUCCUCCGGUGGCAAUGGUCAAGCAGUCAAGUUCGCGAGGAGGACAUCAAGUGGGAAGUAUGUAACUCUUUCGAGGGAGGAUCUUGACAUGUCAGGGGAUUUUUCAGGGGAUUACAUGAAUUAUACCGUGCAUAUUCCUCCUACACCCGACAAUCAACCCAUGGAUGGCUCGUCCGUGGCAGCUAAGGCCGAGGAACAAUACGUGUCUAAUUCCUUAUUUACGGGUGGGUUCAAUAGUGUUACAAGGGCUCAUCUUAUGGAUAAGGUGACUGAUUCUGAUUCAUGCCCACCGGAUCAUGUGGCUCGUGGUAAGGCGGGUUAUUGUCAAAUGCCUGUGUGUGAUGGUGAGGGCAUGAAAGAUGAUCGUGGAAAUCGUGUCUACCCUUGUGAAUGCAGAUUUACAAUAUGCAAUGAUUGCUUCAUCGAUGCUCAAAAAGGAAGUGGAGUGUGUCCAGGAUGCAAGGAACCCUAUAGACUAGAAGACUACGAUGAUGAACACCCGGAUUUCUCAGGUGGAGCUCUCCCAUUGCCAGCUCCAAACAAGGGGAAUGAAGACCGGCGAAUGAUGAGCAGGAAGAAAGGUGGUGAUUUCGACCAUAACAAGUGGUUGUUCAAUGAGACACAGGGGACUUAUGGACAUGGGACAGCUUAUUGGCCACCCGAGGAUGCUUACGAUGGCGACGGAGAUGGAAUGAGUGGUGUGCUUGAAGCUGCUGAUAAGCCUUUUAAGCCUCUUAGUAGGAUUAUUCCUAUUCCUAGUGGCAUCAUUAGCCCUUACAGGUUAUUAAUCGUGAUACGUUUGGUCUUUUUAGGCCUAUUCUUAGCAUGGCGUGUAAAAAAUCCAAAUGAAGAAGCAGUAUGGCUUUGGCUAAUGUCCGUUGUUUGUGAAAUAUGGUUUGCCUUUUCUUGGCUUCUUGACAUCAUUCCUAAAAUAUGUCCUAUAAACCGGUCCACGGACCUCCACGCCCUAAGGGAAAAAUUCGAGCUACCUUCCCCAUCGAACCCGACCGGGCGGUCUGACUUACCUGGUGUUGAUCUUUUUGUUUCAACCGCUGACCCUGAAAAAGAACCGCCUCUUGUUACAGCAAACACCAUCCUUUCGAUCUUAUCAGUUGAUUAUCCUGUCGAGAAGAUAGCAUGUUACGUGUCAGAUGAUGGUGGCGCGCUCCUAACGUUUGAGGCAAUGGCCGAGGCAGCUAGCUUUGCUGAGUUAUGGGUGCCAUUUUGUAGGAAACAUGACAUUGAGCCUAGGAAUCCUGAGACUUAUUUUACAUUGAAGGGUGACCCUACUAAAAAUAAGCUGCAACCUGAUUUUGUUAAAGAUAGGAGGAAGAUUAAGAGGGAAUACGGCGAGUUUAAGGUUCGAAUUAAUGGGUUACCUGACUCUAUUAGGAGGCGGUCUGAUGCGUUUAAUGCUAGGGAGGAGAUGAAGAUGAUGAAACAAAUGAGGGAUAAUGGUGGAGAUCGGUCCGAACAUAUUCGAGCCCAAAAGGCUACUUGGAUGGCUGAUGGCACUCAUUGGCCUGGUACUUGGGUUGUCUCUGCUGGUGAACAUGCUAAGGGUGAUCAUGCAGGAAUCCUUCAGGUAAUGUUGAAGCCACCACCACCAGACCCAAUAUUGGGAACACCAGAUGACAAACUCCUAGACUUUUCUGAAACUGACAUACGCCUACCUAUGUUCGUGUACGUGUCACGUGAAAAGAGGCCAGGGUAUGAUCACAACAAGAAGGCUGGAGCUAUGAACGCGUUGGUGCGAUCAUCUGCCAUCCUCUCUAACGGUCCAUUUAUCCUUAAUCUUGAUUGUGAUCACUACAUUUACAACUGUAAGGCCAUUCGUGAAGGUAUGUGCUUCAUGCUUGAUCGAGGUGGUGAAGACAUAUGUUACAUACAGUUCCCUCAAAGGUUCGAAGGUAUUGAUCCUUCUGAUCGAUAUGCUAAUCGAAACAACGUGUUCUUCGAUGGGAACAUGCGUGCUCUUGAUGGUCUUCAGGGUCCAGUUUAUGUAGGCACUGGUACUAUGUUCAGGAGAUUCGCGUUGUAUGGUUUUGACCCACCGAAUCCAGACAGGAUAGCUAACACCAACAAAGAUUCUGAGACUCAAGCACUAACUUCUUCAGAACUUGACCCGGAAUUGGACGUGAAUUUGCUGCCUAAGAGGUUCGGAAACUCAACAAUGCUGUCAGAAUCAAUACCUAUUGCGGAGUAUCAAGGGCGUCCCUUGGCUGAUCAUCCUGCAGUUAAGUAUGGAAGGCCUCCGGGUGCUCUUAGAGUACCUCGCGAGCCCCUUGAUUCUAGCAUUGUUGCUGAAGCUGUAUCCGUUAUCUCUUGCUGGUAUGAAGAUAAAACAGAAUGGGGAGACAGAGUAGGAUGGAUUUACGGCUCAGUAACAGAAGACGUGGUGACCGGCUAUCGGAUGCACAACCGUGGGUGGCGUUCAGUCUACUGCAUCACAAAACGAGACUCCUUCAGAGGGUCUGCUCCAAUUAAUCUGACAGACAGGCUGCACCAGGUGCUGCGGUGGGCUACAGGGUCAGUAGAAAUUUUUUUCUCAAGAAACAACGCCUUCUUAGGAACUCGCCGCCUAAAGCUGCUACAGAGGUUGGCCUACAUCAAUGUUGGGAUAUACCCUUUCACCUCUCUUUUCCUCAUCAUGUACUGCUUCCUCCCGGCGCUGUCACUUUUCUCAGGACAGUUCAUCGUGCAGACGCUUAGCAUUACAUUCUUGAUAUACUUGUUGAUCAUGACACUUUGUUUGAUAUUUUUGGCCAUUUUGGAGGUAAAAUGGUCAGGGAUCGAGUUGGAGGAAUGGUGGAGAAAUGAACAAUUUUGGCUCAUUUCCGGGACUAGUUCUCACCUUGCUGCUGUUAUUCAAGGCCUUCUCAAAGUUAUUGCAGGUAUCGAGAUUUCAUUCACAUUGACCUCAAAGUCAGCAUCAGAAGAUGAAGACGACGUGUUUGCAGAGCUUUACCUAGUGAAAUGGAGUUCACUGAUGCUCCCACCCAUAGUAAUAGCAAUGGUAAACAUAAUAGCAGUAUGCUAUGCAUUUGCCAGGACCAUAUAUAGCUCAGUCCCAUCAUGGAGUAAGUUCUUGGGCGGCGCGUUCUUUAGCUUCUGGGUGUUGGCUCAUUUGUACCCUUUUGCUAAAGGUUUGAUGGGAAGAAGGAGGAAAACACCUACAAUUGUGUUUGUUUGGUCAGGACUAAUUGCUAUCACAAUCUCUUUACUUUACAUUGCUAUAAAUCCACCUUCAGCUUCUUCUCAGGGUUCAGGUGGUACAGGAUUCACAUUCCCUUGAUAUAUAUAUAUAUAUAUAUAUAUAUAAAUUUACAUGUGAUUUAUUUUUCAUUCACAUUGUUUGUGAUUUUUUGAUGAAUUAGAUGUAACAUAGAACAACAGAUUUAGAUUUUUUUUAUUUUUAUUUUUUUGUUUGGUGUACAAACUUAAAAAUUGUUGUAACAACCCUGUUAGAUGAUUGGUGAGUUGAUACUCUAAUAUUGGUUUUAUGUUUUCACCAAAGUUGAUAUAUCCAUUGAAAUGGUUAACUCUGAGUUUGGUUAAUAAUUUUGGUCAUAGUAAUAAAGAACAAUUAAAUUGUCCUUGUAUAGUCGUUAUAUUAAAAUUUUUGAUAUAUAGUAGCGAUGAAUGUAACGUACACAAUGUAAACUCAUUCUUUUGCGCUCAUUUGGAGUUUCUCCAA